GCAGCGUUAUAAGUCCGCCUAACGCUUAAUCACAAUUAAGAGAACGCCUAAAUACGCCUUUUAUAACCCUGAUAAAAAGCUAGACCUAGGUGAACUUAGCCCUCCUAGGAUGAGCAUUCAGCUAGCUGAUCGUUCCAUUGUGCAUCCUAGGGGGAUCAUAGAGGAUCUGCUUGUUAAAGUAGGUGCAUUCACAUAUCCUGUUGAUUUUGUUAUUCUUGAUAUACAUGAGGAUGUGGAUGUGCCAUUGAUUCUGGGUAGACCAUUUAUUGCCACCGCCAAGGCACUUAUUGAUGUGCAUGAUGGUAAACUGAUCUUGCGUGCUGGGAAUGAACAGACUACCUUCUCUGUGACUGACUUUGAUCACUGUGCUAUGAUUGCUGUCACACCUGUGCAUGCCAUUUCUGAUCAGGUACACGAGCCUGUCGUGUAUCCUUCUGCACCUCUUAUUUUGCAGGACCCUCCUGUCAUUCCUUCGCCGCCACUCCAUCCAGCCUCGCCUCCGACCAAAAAGCUCAAGGAGGAGUGGCGGCCAAAGCAGCAGGUUGCUAAACCUGCACGGAAGAAGAGUGGAGACCACUAUGAGCUGGUCCCACCGCCUGCACCACGACCACCCUGGCCGUCCGGGUACUCACUCGCCUGCAUCUUGCCGGAUGGCUAGGUCGAGCUGACCGAUGAUGGUGGUCGCAUCCAUCGGGUGCAUGGCCACAACCUUAAGCUGUACCUCAAGAGCGACGUGGAUCCACUCUUAGAGGCACCUGUUCCUGCACCUCCCUGAGUAUCCACCAUGGGCGUCCAGCUAAAAGACGGUAAAGAAGCGCUGGUGGGGAGGCAACCCCACCGCGGUUUGACUUUCUUUCUUGCGUUUUGAGUCGGAUUGUAAACCAAUUUGGUUUUGGUUUGUUUUCUUUUGUUUUGGAUAAUGUCUUAUUGGGCUGACAUUGGACCUAACAUAUUGUGUUUGAGCUCUUCUGUUCCCCUUUAGCUGUGCUUUGUCUUGACUGGUCCUCUCUCCAGUCCCCUUCACUCCGACUGGUCCGCUUCCAGUCCCCUGCAGUCCUUGCAUAUCGGUAACAUCGUUCCCCUUCUCCUUCCCUCUUCUCCAUUGAGGGCAAUGUCGAUCUUAAGUGUGGGGGGAUGUUUAUCUUGUGACUGCAUUAGAUCUAUUUGUGUGCUUGGAGCCUAGUCCACUGUCCAAAUUUUUAAAUUUGAGGGCUCCAAGUACGUGUUCCUUGCAAUUGCCUGCUCAGUAUGCUUUGAAUUGACAGUCUUUAUAGUAAUAUGCAACCUAGGGAGGUAGUGUAGCACUAUGGAGGAUGUUGAUGCAUUUAAGAAGUCUCAUUUCUUCUUCAUAUUGUGUUGGUUGAUUGAGUGAAUUAGUGAUCUUAGGACGCUUGAAUGGUGUGGUGUUGUGGAUUCUCUACCUGUCAUGGACUCUUGUAUCAUGUUUUGAGUUUAACAGGUGCUCGAAAAUGUGCUUCAAAAUAACGUCUCCCGUGCGAAUAGGGCAAAAGUGUGUAAGGGUAGACGGGAAUCCGUUCCCAAUUUCCACCUACUACCUCCAGCCCCUUACAUGUCUUUCCCCCGCACGAGGCUCGAGACAUCCGCUCCUGGAAUGGCCGGUAAGAGCAGGUUGGGACCCUUGGAAAAAAAGAAAAGAAAAAAUAACAGAAAACAAGCAAAACAAAAAGAAAAGGGGUUCCAACCAUCUUCAAGAAGAAAAUAAAGCACCUUGAAAAAU